AUGGCUUCUGCUGGGAUUCAGCAGCAGCAAGAAGUUUUGGCCUGGUUACUUGAACCUUUGAGCCAACAAUGGACACAGCUUGAGGCUUUGAGAAUGGACUAUUAUUCUAUUAGAAAAGAGGCAAAAUUGAAAAUGUGCUCCUUACGUGCUAUCUGUUAUUUGCAGGUAAAAACAGGAGAGAUACGGUUUUUGGCGAGCACAUCAUUCCUUCUAGUGAAAAAGGAUUGGUCUUCUGAAAUCCGAUUACAUGCAUUUAAAAUGCUCCAGCACUUGGUCCGAUUACGGUGGGAGGAAUUGAACCCUACAGAACGUAGGGACUUUGCAAAUGUUGCAGUCGACUUAAUGUCUGAGAUUGCAGAUCCUUGUGAAGAAUGGGCUUUGAAAAGUCAGACAGCUGCCCUUCUUGCUGAGAUAGUUAGAAGAGAAGGCAUAAAUCUGUGGCAAGAGCUAUUUCCAUCUCUAGUUUCUUUAUCCAGCAAGGGUCCCAUACAAGCUGAGUUGGUUUCAAUGAUGCUAAGGUGGCUUCCUGAAGAUAUUACAGUUCACAAUGAAGAUCUAGAAGGUGAUCGACGUAGACUGCUUUUGCGGGGACUUACUCAAUCUUUGCCUGAAAUUUUGCCUUUAUUGUACACUUUACUGGAAAGACACUUUGGAGCUGCAAUAAGUGAAGUUGGUAGACAACAAUUAGACAUUGCAAAGCAGCAUGCAGCUGCAGUAACAGCUACUUUGAAUGCUAUAAACGCAUACGCUGAAUGGGCUCCUUUGCCUGAUCUUGCUAAAUAUGGCAUCAUUCAUGGGUGUGGCUUCUUACUUUCUUCACCUGACUUCCGUCUUCAUGCUUGUGAAUUUUUCAAACUUGUCUCACCAAGAAAGAGACCUUUUGAUGCUUCUUCAUCAGCUUCUGAAUUUGAUUCUGCAAUGCAUGAUGUCUUUCAGAUCCUGAUGAAUGUCUCUGGAGAAUUUUUACAUAGAUCUGUAACAAAUGCUGGGGUUAUAGAUGAAAGUGAGUUUGAGUUUGCAGAAUAUAUAUGUGAGAGCAUGGUGUCUUUGGGUUCUGCAAACUUGCAAUGUAUUUCUGGUGAUGACGCUAAACUUACUAUUUACCUACAGCAGAUGCUAGGGUAUUUUCAACAUUUGAAGGUAGCCCUUCAUUUCCAAUCCCUAUUAUUUUGGCUGGGACUAAUGAGAGAUUUGAUGUCAAAACCUAAAGCACUAUCAUCUGGAGAUGGAUCAGCUGUUAAUAAUACAGACUCUAGUUCAGGACAGGUUGAUAAUGAAAAGAGAAAGAUUUUGAGUUUCGUGAAUGAUGAUGUUUGUAGUGCAAUUCUCGACAUAUCUUUCCAGCGCAUGCUUAAGAAAGAAAAAGUUUUUCCUGGAACAGCCCUUACUCUGGGGUCCCUGGUGUUGUGGAGUGAUGAUUUUGAAGGCAAGGGUGAUUUCGGCCAGUAUCGUUCUAGGCUGUUGGAGCUGGUCAAAUUUGUCUCCUCUAACAAGCCUCUCAUAGCUGGUGUUAAAGUUUCUGAAAGAGUUAUUGCAAUCAUUAAAAGUCUCUUGAGUUCUCCAACACCUGCUCAGGAUUUAGCUGUGAUGGAAAGCAUGCAAUCUGCUCUAGAAAAUGUUGUGAGUGCAGUUUUUGAUGGACCCAAUGAAGUUGGUGGGGCCACUUCUGAAGUUCAUGUUGCCCUGUGCAGAAUAUUUGAAGGUUUACUUCAACAACUUCUUUCUUUGAAGUGGACUGAACCACCCCUGGUGGAAGCUCUCGGGAACUAUUUAAUUGCACUGGGCCCCUUUCUGAAACAUUUUCCAGAUGCAGUUGGGAGUGUCAUCAACAAACUGUUUGAGCUUCUAACUUCACUUCCAUUUGUUGUUAAGGAUCCUGCAACGAGUAGGGCACGCCAUGCAAGAUUACAGAUUUGUGCAUCAUUUAUUAGAAUGGCCAAAGCUGCUGAUAAAAGUGUUCUGCCUCACAUGAAGGGCAUAGCUGACACCAUGGCAUAUUUGCAAAGAGAAGGUUGUUUGCAUCGUAGUGAACAUAAUCUUCUAGGGGAAGCAUUUCUUGUUAUGGCUUCUGCUGCUGGGAUUCAGCAGCAGCAAGAAGUUUUGGCCUGGUUACUUGAACCUUUGAGCCAACAAUGGACACAGCUUGAGUGGCAAAAUAAGUACUUGUCUGAUCCACUAGGUCUUGUUUGCUUGUGCUCUGACACAUCAUUCAUGUGGUCACUUUUUCACACGGUGACAUUCUUUGAGAAGGCACUUAAAAGAAGUGGAACAAGAAAAGGCAGUAUGAAUUUACAGAACAACUCAGCUGAAAGUUCAAAUUUUCUUCAUCCAAUGGCUUCUCAUCUUUCGUGGAUGCUACCUCCUCUCCUGAAACUCCUUCGUGCUAUACAUUCCAUUUGGUCUCCGUCCAUACAUCAAAUGUUGCCUGCAGAGGUAAAAGCAGCAAUGACCAUGAGUGAUGUUGAGUGGUCCAGCCUUCUUGGCGGAGGUAAUCCUAAACCAUUGAAGGGUGCUUUGACUUUCACAGACGGAUCACAGUUUGAGACUAGCCGGGAAGGAUAUGGAGAGCCUAAUGAAUCUGAUAUACGAAAUUGGUUAAAGGGUGUCAGAGACAGUGGGUAUAAUGUGCUGGGCCUGUCAGCAACCAUUGGAGAUCCAUUUUUUAAAUCGUUGGACUUCCACUCUGUUGCUGUGGCACUGAUGGAGAAUGUACAGUCAAUGGAAUUCAGGCAUAUAAGGCAACUUGUUCAUUCUGUUUUAAUAUAUUUGGUUAAAUUUUGUCCUCCUGAUAUGUGGGAGGCCUGGCUGGAAAAGUUGCUGCACCCAUUAUUUGUCCACUGUCAACAAGCUCUUAGCUGCUCUUGGUCCAGCCUUAUGCAUGAAGGUAGAGCAAAGGUUCCAGAUCUCCAUGGGAUUGUUGCUGGGUCUGACUUAAAAGUGGAAGUAAUGGAGGAGAAACUACUUCGUGAUCUGACUCGUGAGAUAUGUUCACUUCUCUCUAUAAUGGCCUCUUCAGGAUUAAAUACAGGGCUUCCUGCUUUAGAGCAGUCAGGGCAAUUCACCCGUGUAGACAUGUUGUCUCUGAAAGAUUUGGAUUCUUUCUCAUCAAGCUCUAUGGUUGGGUUCCUUUUGAACCACAAAGAACUUGUCCUUCCAGUGUUGCGGAUUUCCAUACAAGCUUUCACAUGGACAGAUGGUGAAGCCGUGACAAAAGUUUCUUCCUUCUGUACUGCGGUGAUUGUUCUGGCUAUAUCAUCAAAUAAUGAGGAGCUUCGACAGUUCGUUUCAAAAGAUCUUUUUUCUGCGGCUAUCCAAGGUUUGAUCCUUGAGUCAAAUGCUGUUAUCAGUGCUGAUCUGGUUGGUCUCUGUCGCGAAAUAUUCGUAUAUAUGUGUGAUAGGGAUCCAGCUCCAAGGCAGGUUCUACUCUCUCUUCCAUGUAUUACCCCACAAGAUUUGCAUGCUUUUGAAGAUGCCUUAACGAAGACAUCUAGCCCAAAGGAACAAAAACAACAUAUGAAGAGCUUGCUGUUGCUAGGUACUGGGAACCAGUUAAAAGCACUUGCUGCUCAGAAAAGUGUUAAUGUUAUCACCAAUGUUUCAGCAAGGCCACGCAGCUCAGUCAAUGUUCCGCAAACCAGAAUCGAAGAGGGGGAAACUGUGGGAUUGGCAGCCAUUUUGUGAAGGAUUCUUAUAAUUUGGCAGAGUUGUACAGUGAUGAAUUACACCGAGGAGUUAUUUGACAGAUAUACCGAGGAAAAAGGCAUCUUUUUUGCUGCCAUAGCUCUACAGGGGUUGUGCAACCAGUUCACCCUCUUAGGCUACCUCAAAAUGUAAUUUUGAGUAAAUAUAAAGAAUUCUUAUACCCUCUUUACUUUUAUCAUCAUGGAAAUGAGGUUUGUAUUUGUACAUGAAUAUGUUGUACUUCUUGUCUCAUUGGCAGUUUAAUACCACAAAUGCACACCUGGUGUUGCUUUUGAAA